AUGUCAGUCGCGCAAUUCGUUCGGCAGAUCGAUGCCUACCGGCUCGGUACCGGAGUGGCAUUGCUGUUCCUUGCUGCCUUUUACUCCCCUGUUAUGGGCCUUGUGCUAUCCCCUGUCUUCGGUACUCAUCCCGUACAUAUCUUCCACAGUUAUGCUGUGGCUGUUUUUGGCGCAGCCGGAUGGUUCCUAAAGGACCAUAUACAAAGACGCCUAGGUCGGCUCGCUGCUUAUCUGCUUCCUGUCCUGGCGUUCUGGACCCCCACGCUGCAGUACUUUGUGAUGCAGCAGAGCUCCAAGCUAGGAAACCCAGCUGGUCCAAUGGUCACCGAGCUAUUUGGCUACUUGCCCCUGGUGUCGUUGACUGUGGCUAUCGCCGGCAAGCAGGUCCAGGCCGCUUUGAAUCUUGAGUCGUAUGGAGAGGUUGCCGCAGAGCAUAUUCCUCUCCUUGGAACGUAUCUCAUCUAUUCUGUUGGUGAGCAUAUUGGUCGGGCAAUCUUGACCCGUGCCAUUGGUUUUACUUUCCUCUUCUCCCGUGCCGGUAUGCAGUUUGUCAUUGCUAUCCUCUACGCGGUGAUUGUUCCUCGAUCCAAACUGCUGCUUCUGGCUAUUCCGUCAUUGAUCUUUACCAUCACUUCUGAUGUCCACUUUGGUGGUAUCGGUGCCGUGAAUUCUGCCCUCCAGCAUGAAGGCUACACUCUCUUGGCACGACAGGAAUCCAACACAGGAUAUCUCUCGGUCCUUGAGAACCAGGAUGAAGGUUUCCGUGUCAUGCGUUGUGACCACAGUCUUCUCGGUGGUCAGUGGACAAAGUCUAUUGCCGGGUACCACCCCCAGGUGGAGGACCCGAUCUAUGCAGUCUUCGCUAUGCUUGAAGCUGUCCGACUAGUUGAACCCGAUAACGGUAUUCAGCGUGUGGAUGCUGAAAGCAAAGCCUUGGUGAUUGGCCUUGGAAUUGGUACCACUCCGUCAGCCUUGAUGAAGCACGGAAUUGACACUACUAUUGUUGAAAUCGAUCCUGUUGUGCACAAGUUUGCAACUGAAUACUUCAAUCUGGCCCCCAACCACGUUGCAGCCAUUGAGGAUGCCACCACAUUCGUCAAGAAAGCACAGAAGGCUUCCAAGCAAUAUGAUUACAUUGUCCAUGAUGUUUUCACCGGCGGUGCCGAGCCAGCGGAACUCUUCACCUGGGAAUUCUUGAAGGAUCUGCACUCCCUGCUUAAGGAUGAUGGUGUUAUUGCUAUUAAUUACGCCAGUGACAUCACCAUAUACCCCACAGGCCUGGUCGUCCGCACCAUCAGAGCCGUUUUUCCGUCUUGUCGCAUCUUCCGUGAAUCAGAAGCGAACCAAGAUGACUCGACCUCCGACUUUACUAACAUGGUUCUCUUCUGUAAAAAGAGCAAAGACUCACAGUUGCAAUUCCGUGAGCCAACCUCGGCCGAUUUCCUGGGCAGCAAGUCGCGUGAAAGCUAUCUCGUCCCGAGACAUGAGAUCGAUUUCUCUUUGUUCGACACUGUUCCUAAGGGCGGCAGACGUCUCCUUGUGGACAAGGAGGUUGGCCGGCUGUACAAAUUCCAGGAUCGGGCAGCGCUGGAGCACUGGGAGAUCAUGAGGAAGGUUAUCCCUGCUGCCGUGUGGGAGAACUGGUAG